CGGAACGCAGCGGCGGGCGCGGGUUGCGGAGGGCCGGUUUUGAGGAGGGCACAGCGCGGCGCGGCGGGGAGCCGGGGUGCCGGCAUGAAGGAGCUGGCGCCCGGGCUGAAGAUGGAGUGUGACAUCUUGGACGCGCUGGAGGCCUUGGGGUACACGGGUCCCCUGUUGGAGGAGGAAGCCCUGAAGAAAGCAGCAGAAAAUGGAUUGUCUUCACCAGAAUUUUUUCAGCUUUGCGUUUGGUUAGGUUCCCAAAUAAAGUCACUUUGUAAUAUGGAAGAAAGCAUCACUUCAGCAGAUGGUGAUAAAGAUAUAGAGAGUUUCCAGCUUGAGAUUAGUGGCUUUCUCAGAGAAAUGGCUUGUCCUUAUUCAUCACUUGUAUCUGGAGACAUCAAGGACAGAUUAAGAGAGAAAGAAGAUUGUCUUAAACUCCUCUUAUUUUUAAGUACAGAACUCCAGGCUUUAAAGAUAUUGCACAGCAAAAAAAUUAAAGGCUCUCAUUUGGAAAAGCACAAUGAAGUUUAUCAGGAAGUGCAAGCUAUUUGCGAUGCGCUGGGCCUGCCCAACUCCUCAUCUUCUGAUAUUCCUGUUUUGUUAACCAAUGUGGAACAAAAGAUAAAGGACGUUCUCUCAAAAGUUCAAAAUAACCAUGUGGGGAAAUCACUGCUAACACAACCUCUGAAUUCUGACCAAGUGGAAAAAUUGGAAAAAAUCAAUGAUGCUCUUCGCAGUGAGUAUGAGUGUCGGCGACGUAUGUUAAUGAAGAGGCUGGAUGUGACAGUACAGUCCUUUGGCUGGUCUGACAGAGCAAAGGUAAAAACAGAUGACAUAGCACGAAUCUAUCAGCCCAAGCGCUAUGCAUUAUCUCCAAAGUCAACUAUUACAUUAGCUCACCUUCUUGCUGCUCGAGAAGAUUUAUCAAAGAUCAUAAGAACAAGUAGUGGAUCAACGCGGGAAAAUACAGUCUGUGCAAUCAACAAGGUUCUGAUGGGGAGAGUACCUGACCGCGGAGGCAGACCAACAGAGAUUGAGCCACCUCCUCCUGAAAUGCCUCCUUGGCAAAAAAGACAAGACGGUGGUGGAAGAGGUGGCUGGGGAGGUGGUGGUGGUGGAAGGGGCAACUGGGGAGGUGGAGGGGGUAGAGGAGGAGGAGGUGGUGGUGGUUUUGGAGGUGGGGGGUUCAGAGGUGGUGGAAGGGGUGGAGGUGGCUUCCAAGGUGGAGGUGGCUUCCAAGGUGGAGGUGGCUUCCAAGGUGGCAGGGGAAGUUAUGGUGGCAGGGGUGGCUAUGGUGAUCCAUAUGGUGGAAGAGGAGGGGGAGGAUACCGAAGAUACUAAAAUACUGUAAAUAUUAGCAGAGUAACUGGCAAAAUAUAGUGGUGGUGUUUACUGGUAUCAGGAAUUUAGAUACGUUAACUUGGGUUUAGGUUAGAAUUAAGUACGAUCAUAUGAAUCGUUGCAUUAGACCAACUGAUGUUGUCAUUGAAUUCUUUUAGUUAACUGAACAAAACUUUUAUACUAAAAUGUGACAAUUAAAGUCCUUGUUUUUCGUAUUGCUCAUAUGGUGUUUUUUAAGAUGUUUUAUUUAAAAUAAGCCUCAGAAAACUGAAUAAAACCCUUUCUAAACAAAGAAAAAUAUUAUUUAAUGUUUAGGCCUCUCUAAUUAUUGCAUGUUGCAUGUCCACUGCCCUGCUCCAAAAUGCUGUGUAUUAAAAACAAAAUAGACCUAAGAACUAUAUGCAACCAAGACUCUAGAAUGCUGCUUUCAGGCUUUUUCUUUUUAUCUAGUUUUCAUGUGGGACGUGUAAAUGAAUUUUAAUGUCAGAUGUUAAAAUCCUUAAGGCUUUGGUCAGAAUUAGUCUAUUAGAUUUAUUACUCUUCCAGAAAUUCACAUAAAAGUAACAUUCUGAACUAAUACUCUACAGAAACUAGUAAGGGUUGGUUUGUAUGUUUAUAAGUAUAUCAGGUCAGAACGUGUACCAUAAACUCAGAAUCAUGGUGAGUUUUGAUAGUAUCUAUUUUCAUUUUACCUGUUUUCCAUCUUAUUGGUGUUUCAUAAAAAUAUUUUAAGAUCAGAUUGGGCAGGAAACGUCUGCAGCCAUCAUGUCUGGUAAGAGUUCAUUUAUAUACUCUUUCUGAAUCAGCCUUGAGACAUAAAGGUUAAAUAAGCUGAGCUUCUUGAGAAAAAAAGAAAAGAAAUGGUAUGUUCUUUUUUUUUCCUCCCCUUCUCUCCACCCCUCAUGCUCUCUGUUUGGGAAUUGCUGAUGCCCAGCUGAUAAGACAUCUCAUACAGCAGUUGUCCUUCCUCAGUGACUUCUCUCUCUUACUCUGCCAGCCAGUUGUUCUGCUCACCUGUUCUGCUCAAACUCUUGAUAUGUUACUGGGGUGCCUUCUCCAACAUAGACAGGGUCACUCUAGAGCAAAGGAGUUAGCUUUCAUAUGGUUAUUGCUGUAAAUACACGUAGACAAGAAUUAAAUUUAGAGCUGCCAGUUAAUGACAGUUUCUGCCGUCCAGCAUCUUUUAGAUCUCCUCCCCUGCUGUGAGGCCGUUCCUGAGUACAGAGGGGGGACAGGGAGAUGAUGCCCAAAUAUAUACUUAAGGCAGUAUUUACCAGGGUCAGGGAGGCAUCUGAUAAAUCUCGGGGUGUCUGAUUGCAUAGCACAGAAACCUUGAAGUACUUCAGUUGAGUACGGCAGGUUGGUGUAACGGCAGGUUGAACUUUAGGACCUGAUGUUGGUUUUAUGUUCCACAGGUAUGAAUUCUUUCUGCAUAAAUUUCCUGUUGAUGUCCAUUUUUGGUGUGCUUUAAAGAUGUUGUUUUAUCUUCAGGAACUUGUGCGUUGUGUCCUGUUUCAUAGGCAGCUUUAUGCAUUAAUGUAAAGCUCCUUCAGAUUAUUAUCUCUUUCAAAAGCCUGUGUCAGGUUUUAUCAAUUACCCAUCACCAGCCUUUUCAUUUGAAGUUUUAAUCCAGAUAAACUUCAGAAGUUUCGCUCCUGUUGUUUCCUCUCUGAUCAUAGUCUGCUUGAGAGUGCUGCUUGUGGUGUGGUAGAUACAGUCUUGCCCAUACUUCAUGGUCCCAGCAGGUGCCUAAUGAAAAAGGCCAGGAGUUUUUCUUGUUUGAACAUGUUUGUUUGGGUGCGAACUCUGGAAAUAAUGGCUUAACUUCAGCCAACUAUUAGCAAUAUAGUUCUUUUGCCAAAUUUUUCUACGCUCCUUUCUGGCCUAAACUGUUGUCAGCCUCAGCUGUCCUUAUGGAGAGACCCUUGUGAGUCGUGUGGGAGCGUAGUACUCGUUUUCAUGCUUUUUUGAGCUUGAUUUUUGCCUAAUGCUCUGGAAUAGCUCACAAAUUGAUGACACGCAAGCGAGACCACUGGCCUUGGAGGUGAAGUGUCAGUCAACAAAGGAAUGGAGACAGUAGUUUUUAAGAACCAAAGCCUUAAUAGAAAAUUCAGUUUGCUCAUCCCAAUGUUAUUUUUUGCUACAAGUAAUUUCCAAACAGCAGUCAGGGAAAUAUGACAGGAAAAUCAGAUGGCUUAGCUGUGCAGCAAGAUUUGACCAGUCUUAAGAUGCAAAGUUGCCCUGGUUUAGUUGAGCUGUUGUAGCUGUGGCUGUGCCUUGGUGCUUGUACACUCAGCAGAGUAUCCUGGUGGUAGCAGGCAGGAGAGGUUCAUAAUGAAGGAAACCAUCAAGUGAACCAGCUUUGUGCCCAAUAUAGAAUUCUAACAGUUAAAUUACUUAUUAGCUUAUUUCAAUUGUCUUUACAUAGAUCAUGUAAAAGAUGAAAAUUUAAAUAGGUUGGGGAUUUUCUUUUUUUAAUCUGGGCAUUACAGUUUUUCUUAAAUAAUUCCAAAAUGUGAAGCCAGUAGUUGAGAACUGAAGUAAGCACCACCACGUUUCAUAGAGGUAUCUUUUUGUACUCUGUUGUCAGAAUGUAUGCCUUUAAUUUAUCAAAAGAUGCAAUAAUACCAUGAAAAAAAUUGAGUUAAACAUACAUAUUUGUAUGUUUGUCUUGGAAAAAAAAAAGUCUUUUCAAAAAUUCUGUUGUGAGUAAAAGAUUUUCAUUUGUUUGUGAGCUUUUUUGUGUUUAUUCACACUUAGUGACUAUCUACCUGAAUAGUGUUUUGUUGGAUCAAGACUUGAAAACCAGGUUGGGUUUUUUUCAGAGUGUGAGUGAGACAGUUUUGUUAACGGCUGUAAACACUAAGGAAUAAAGUACUGUAUUUGAAGUCA